UAAAGUGGUAUUGAUCUUAAAGUUCCACUUUAAAAAGUUUAAACUAAAUUGGUCACGCAACUCUACCAACAGGAGGCGUGUGAUCUGUUUAGCUGCGACAGCACACUGUUGCGUCCGAGGAAUGGGCAGAGAGGGGGUGGUGUCUGGUGUGCGAACUUUUCUCGGUGAGACUGCCUCUACGUACGUUUUGUUGUGCACAUUCAUUCAAGCAAAUGUGACCGGAUCGUCUGCAUAUCAUUUCAGUUUGGCUGAAAGACACGCAGGGUCUCCCUGUAUUACCAACUCUGUUGAUGACGUCCACUUUGACCACACUAUAGGAGUCGGACAGGUUGUCAACAUCAAAGCAAAAGUCAACGGAGCCUUCACAUCCAGUAUGAAGAUGCAGGUGAUUCCACGGACGCAGGCAGAGCAGAUGGAGUACAGCAUCGCGGCAGAGAGGAGGUGGAGGAUGAGACUGAUCCCCGCUGAGAUCAUCACAGACCUACUGAGCAGCAGCACAGCUCAACUAGGAGUACAAGGACCCAGUGCCAGCCGAGCGGACGCAGGUAGAGAGCGUGGCGCUGGUGCUGCCGCCCCAUGCCAACCACCAGGUCGGCACCGUCGGCCGGCCAGAUCAUGGCCUGGAUGGAGAACGUGGCCACCAUCGCAGCCCAUUGAGUCCUAUUAUAUCUGUGACCUGCCCGUCUUUCUGAACUCAUGGAGAUACUGAGGUUUCUUAUUGUGUCAAAAUGUGGAUGUAGUUGUAGUAGAUUGGCCACAACAGGGUUGAGCCUCUGUAGAAGACAUGAGAUGGAUUAAGUCUCCCUCCCUCCCUUCCUCCCUCCUUCCCUGUUCCUCUUUCUCGCUCUCUCUCUCCCUCUUUCUCCCCACUUUCGCACACACAUCCUUUCUCCAGUCGUCUGUGUAGCGCCCACCCCACCCUGAGGACCAUAGACAUGUUCCCCUUUCAGGCUCCAUCUCACAUUGGUGACCGGCUGGUGCUGAAGGCCAUUGUUAAUAAUGCCUUCAAGAACAAGUGAGAAGGAAUUAGUCUGAAAAGUACACUGAACAAAAAUGUAAACGAAACAUGUAAGAAAACUGAACAAAAAUAUAAAUGCAGCAUGUAAAGUGUUGGUCCCCUGUUUCAUGAGCUGAAAUAAAAGAUCCCAAAAAUGUUUGAUACACACAAAGCUUAAUUCUCAGAAAAUGUGGGCACAAAUGUAUUUAUUUACAUCCCUGUGCUCACUAGAGCAUUCUCCUUUGUCAAGAUACUUCAUCCACCUAACAGGUGUGGCAUAUCAAGAAGCUGAUUAAAGAGCAUGAUCGUUACAUAGGUGCACCUUGUGCUGGGGACAAUAAUAGGCUUCUAAAAUGCGCAGUUUUGUCACCUAACAUAAUGCCACAGUUGUCUAAAGUUUUGAGGGAGCGUGCAAUUGGCAUGCUGACUGCAGGAAUGUCCACCAGCGCUGUUGACAGAGAAUUGAAUGUUCAUAUCCCUACCAUGAGCCACCUCCAACAUCAUUUUAGAG